AUGGAUGAAGUCAACAUGGACAGUUCAGACCGGAGUGGAGACCAGAGGGACCUGCCUCAGGUGGACCAGGACCUGGUGGAGCUGCGAGACCACAUCCUGCAGCUGCUGGACAGGAAACUGUUCAUCGAGAAGAAACUGGCGCUCUUGCAGAACAGCUCGUAUUAUCUGGAGAUCCAGCAUGAGGAUGGGCCUCAGAUGGAGGAGGAAGUCCGCUUUCUCUACGACGGCACCCUGAUCAACCAGCAGCGACUCGCUCGGGCCUUUACCUUUGCCAACACCCACGUGAAGCUCCUCCUCUGUCUGCUGGAGUCGCUCUUCCAGCAAAUCCUGAGGGGCUGCAGGGAGCUCUGUGCUUUCAUGGAGAUGUAUGAUCAGAGUUUGUUAGACGGAGGCGCAGCGGACUCGGCUCAGCAGACGCUCCAGCAGACCCUACAGUACGCAGACCGCUUUGAGGGCAGAAUGUUUCGUAAUCUGGGCCAGCUCAACCUGCAGGACCGGCUCAUCCCCAUACUCUACAUCAAACUGCCCGUCACUAUCGACAGGUCCGAGUCGUAUUCAUCGGUCAGCUCUGUGCACCUGAGCUGGACCAUCCCAGGAGAGGAGGUCAAGGAUCCCGAGCAGCAGUUUGAGGUGGAGGUGAUGUGCCUCCAUCCGACCACCUCUGACACCGACCAGAUUUGUAUAUCCAAAUGCCAGGCGUACAACACCCAGGUGACCAACCUGAUCCCAGACAGGUACUACAUGUUCUCUGUGAAGAGAGAGUACUCUGUAAACCUGGUGUACGGACUGUGGAAGGACCAGGUCAUGCUAAAGACUCUGGCCGUGUCAGAUUAG